AUGGGCGUAACCAAGAUUUUAAUGGACAGUACUCAUUUCAAUGAGAUCCGUAGUAUAAUCCGUUCGAGGUCAGUGGCAUGGGACGCCUUAGCUAGAUCUGAGGAAUUGAGCGAAAUUGAUGCAUCUACUGCGAAGGCAUUAGAGUCGAUUCUGGUGAAGAAGAGCAUCGGCGAGGGUUCAUCAUCGUCGAAUGAUGCGCACUCCGAGUUCAGAGUGAAGGGCAACACGAUGAUACCAUUGAUUCACUUGCUUUCCACUUCGGACAACGAAGACUGCAAAAAAUCCGUGCAGAACCUAAUAGCUGAAUUGUUAUCGUCUGAAAAGUAUGGCGACGACACAGUGAAGUUUUUUCAGCAGGACCCUAAGCAAUUGGAGCAACUAUUCGACGUCUCACUCAAAGGAGACUUCCAGACCGUGUUGAUUUCAGGGUUCAACGUGGUCUCGCUAUUGGUGCAGAAUGGGCUGCACAACGUGGGACUAGUGGAAAAGCUGUUGAAGAACAACCACCUGAUCAAUAUCUUGCAAAACAUUGAGCAGAUGGACACCUGUUAUGUGUGCAUCAGGCUUUUGCAAGAAUUGGCCGUGAUACCAGAGUACCGUGACAUGAUAUGGUUGCAUGAAAAGAAGUUCAUGCCCACUUUAUUCAAGAUCCUGCAACGCGCCACGGACUCGCAACUGGCCACGCGCAUAGUCGCAACAAACUCCAACCAUCUAGGUAUCCAAUUGCAGUACUACUCCUUGCUAUUGAUAUGGUUAUUGACUUUCAACCCUGUCUUCGCUAACGAGCUCGUCCAAAAGUACUUGAGCGAUUUUUUGGACCUCUUGAAGCUGGUGAAGAUCACCAUAAAGGAGAAAGUGUCCAGAUUGUGCAUAUCAAUCAUCUUGCAAUGCUGCUCUACGCCCGUCAAGCAACACAAGAAGGUCAUCAAACAACUUUUGUUGCUCGGCAACGCGUUACCCACCGUGCAGAGCUUGAGCGAAAGAAAGUACUCCGACGAAGAAUUGCGCGAGGACAUCACCAAGCUCAAGGAAAUCCUGGAAAACGAAUACCAGGAAUUGACCUCCUUCGAUGAAUACGUGGCGGAAUUGGACUCCAAGUUGCUGUGCUGGUCCCCUCCACACGUCGACAACGGAUUCUGGUCCGAUAACAUCGAUGAGUUCAAGAAGGACAACUACAAGAUCUUUAAGCAAUUGAUCGAACUCUUGCAAGCAAAGGUCCGCCGCGGCGACGUCAAUGCGAAGCAGGAAAAGACCAUUAUCCAAGUCGCCUUGAACGACAUCACCCACGUGGUCGAACUUCUACCAGAGAGCAUCGACGUUCUCGACAAGACUGGCGGCAAGGCUGACAUCAUGGAGUUGCUGAACCACUCGGACUCCCGGGUGAAAUACGAGGCCCUCAAAGCCACGCAGGCAAUUAUUGGAUACACCUUCAAAUAG